UGGGUCGAGGGGUCAUUUAAGCGGAGGACAUCCUGUUUCCUGAUGAGGAGGGACAAGUUGAAGGUGGCGAGGUUAAUAAAAUAUCUCCAGUUUAGAGAUUAUAAAUCCAAACUACUUAAAACUGUAGACGAGGAAGACUCGCAGCAAGAAACGGGCGCUGCUGGUGGCGUUACCGGCGGUAACCAGCGAAGGCAGCGUUUGGCCCAGGAUUUUCUGGUGUGGAUGGAUCAGACCGGUGACUUACUGUCAUUGGCCGAGCGGCACGAAGUAGACCCCGUCAAACAAGAGCGAAUGGAGCGUUUAGAGCGUCAGACUCGAACUAUGGACCAGGCUCAGUACUCUGAGUUCUGUGAGAGUCGGCAACUCAGCUUUGCUAAGAAAGCAUCAAAGUUUCGGGACUGGCUGGACUGCAGCAGUUUAGAGCUGAAACCCAACAGCAUUGCCAUGGAGAUUCUGUCGUACCUGGCCUAUGAGACUGUUGCCCAGAUCGUGGAUUUGUCUCUGCUGGUAAAGCAGGAAAUGGCCACAAAGACCAAUCCCAUCAGUCAUGUGAUCUCUUCCAGCUACAUCCACUACAACACUCACACUGAGGUAAAGAAGGAUCCAGACUCACCUGAAGCCACGCCCCCUUCCACCCCAGGCUCCUCCCACUCUUCCAAGCCCCUCUUACAGGGUAAUGGCAGUCUGGACGGUCGCGCAAGACAGAGGAAACGCAAAAAGAGCUGUCCGGCUGCAGUGGAACCUCCCAGUGGAGCCAUCCAGCCCUGUCACAUCAGAGAGGCUAUUAGACGAUACAGCUACAGACACAUACGUGCUUACUCGAGGAGUGGGAUGGCCUUCCUCAGCUGCUGAAGAUGCACCACAUUUCACAAAUACCUGCACAACCUUUUUUUGUUCUAUUGUUGUAAUAAAGAUUUUUCAG